AUGCCGAAGAAGUACUCAAGAAGGACGGACAUUGCAAAAGCACUGGACCCAAACGACCAGAAUACAGAAAGGACUCAUAUGCAGAUACCCAGUAAACCUCCCAAUCGACCCCAUAAAAGACCUCUUCCUUUGUUUGUUAGACGCCACCGAGUGCACAACAAAGCAGGGAGAACCAACAAGAAAGGUUCUUGUAACCUUCCAGGGGGAAAAGGUCAACCUGCCGAAGCCAGAACCCCCAGACCACCAGAACGUUGCAGCAGCAACACAACCUCCCCCACAACACACAUCAUACCCUCAACACCUACCACAACAAACCCACCUACACAACAACAACACCCAACAAACAAAUCACAUCCUCAGCGACCAACGGAAUACAACCCACCUCCACUACAGCAACAACAACCACAGCAACACAGACACCAAGAACCCAGAUAUAGGCAGCAGAAACCCCCCACCAAUCAAAGACGCAAUCCACCUACACAAAAACCACAACAAGACCAACAACGGAACACAUUCCACAGAGACCCCCCAGACAGACACAAAACCAAGACACAAACAACACACCACACCUGCCUCAAAAACCAUGUCCUUCUACACAUCAACUCGGAAACAAAACACCCCUACUUCCCAACCCCACCCAAUCACAUGCACACACCCCCCACCCCAACUCCACCCGUGACGGUAGUACCAGUGCCGAAAGUCAGCACAACACCGUAG